GGGAAUUAACAAAUGGAUAGCAAAGGGUACAAGCAGAGGUAAAUAUUUCUUCCCCAAACCAGUGAAUAACAACUAUAGGCAAAUAUUCCUGACAGGCGGUACAAUUACGUGGGGCGUGUUCUACAGAGUAGCCUACAUACAUGGACGCUUUCGGCAGUGAUAACCGUGAAAGCAACGAAAUUAGUUUUCUAAUUCACAGAGAACACCUCUGUUCUCGAAAGCGGUGAUGCGGGGUAUCGCUGACAUUCGAAGAAAGUGGACCGUUCCCUAUGGUUUCCUGAUACAGACAUGGAGCGAAUAAAGGCCUUUUUCUUCUCGCCAUCGAAAAAAACGUCAAUUAACUAAGCUCUGAUAGCCUACGUUCUAUAUUUUGUGCGGAGAGAGUUGGAUAUUGGACCUCAAAAUGUUAACGGGAUCCAAAACCACGUUCAAAGUGAGACAAAUGGUGCCCGAUAUGAAGGUAGGCUUUCGACUCAAUGUUGAUUCUCUUCGUAUUCUGAAAAGUAGCCUGCCGUGGGUGAACUUUUUAGGUAGCAAUGAGACCAAUAAACUGAAACAUUUUCCAUCAUUGUUGAACUAUAUCAACCGAUGUGGAGUGUAGAUUCCACCUAGAUAUUUUGAUGUGUUCAGAAUUAUUAGUUACAUGUCGAAUUAGUUGUACACAUUGUAUCGAAUUCUCUAGAAUUCCAUGAAACAUUGUAGCAUGUAUUACUAAGUGGAAACAGUUUAAUGGAAUGACAGCCUACAUUCCACAGACAGAAGACUGAAGGCCUUUUAUUCUUACUGUCUGGGACUGAGGGGGUUGUUAUUUUGUUUUAACGCGUUCAGUUGAGGUGUUCCUUUCAUACAGUAUCCAAUACAAGCUGUCCAUCGUAGCAUUCUUUGCUUGAUUCACUAAGAGUCUAUAUAUUUGGUAAAGAGGCAGGCACAGGUAAAGAGGCAGGCAGCAUAUGUGCCCAGAUUUUUUUUUUUUUUUUGCCUGCUUGGAUUGUAUUAAUUAUUAUCCAUAUCAAAUGAUGGCAUGUGCUAUGAAUGCCCAUAUGGUUAGUGUUUAGAGAAAAACAAACUAAACAUGUUGAGCUGAUGGACUAAACCAAAACGUAAACCCUACAUACAGUGUACAGUUGCAUACUGUACAGUAUUAUAUGAGAAGAAUGAAAUGUGGGAAUAUGAUAGACUUCGACAAGUGGGUUUUGCCUACAUAUUCAAGACCUUCGAUCACAUGCAUAGAGUGAUGCCUGUUUUCUUAAACAACUCUUAACUACUCUUCAGCAGCAUCUGGUGAUUCUGAACUUGGGUGGCCAGGAAGCAAUCAUCCACGAAGACCCAACCAUCACACACUUUAGUGAUGAAGGCCUAUAUAUAGAAGAACCUCGGAGACCUGUGGUUUCUUAACAUUCAGGUUUAUUUCUGAGAUCUUUCAUCAUGUGUUGUGGCCUUGACAUUUUUGUUGUUGCACAGAACACAUUGUGGUGUAACUCUGGAUGGGUCUGUCUGCACAGGUCUACACUGUUGAUGCCUUCAACUCUGUUACACCAUCACAAAGGGACCAAUGCUUUACCUACAGUAUGUCAGUGAACAUGCUUUGUCAUGCCCAUCUUUGGAAAAGUCUUUGUAAAUUUGCAUUGCUGCUGCCUUUUCAAGAGUUUUGGACAUCAUUACAUGGAAGAGUGUGUGUGUGUGUGAACACAUUCGGGGUGAGGGACAUGUCUAUAAACCCAAUACAAUUAAAACCAAUCUAAAUACAGUGAGGGAAAAAAGUAUUUGAUCCCCUGCUGAUUUUGUACGGGAGUGCUCCUCAUCUCAGCUUGUUACCUGCAUAAAAGACACCUGUCCACAGAAGCAAUCAAUCAGAUUCCAAACUCUCCACCAUGGCCAAGACCAAACCGCUCUCCAAGGAUGUCAGGGACAAGAUUGUAGACCUACACAAGGCUGGAAUGGGCUACAAGACCAUCGCCAAACAGCUUGGUGAGAAGGUGACAACAGUUGGUGCGAUGAUUCGUAAAUGGAAGAAACACAAAAGACCUGUCAAUCUCCCUCGGCCUGGGGCUCCAUGCAAGAUCUCACCUCGUGGAGUUGCAAUGAUCAUGAGAACGGUGAGGAAUCAGUCCAGAACUACACGGGAGGAUCUUGUCAAUGAUCUCAAGGAAGCUGGGACCAUAGUCACCAAGAAAACAAUUGAUAACACACUACGCCGUGAAGGACUGAAAUCGUGCAGCGCCCGCAAGGUCCCCCUGCUCAAGAAAGCACAUAUACAUGCCCGUCUGAAGUUUGCCAAUGAACAUCUGAAUGAUUCAGAGGAGAACUGGGUGAAAGUGUUGUGGUCAGAUGAGACCAAAAUCGAGCUCUUUGGCAUCAACUCAACUCGCCGUGUUUGGAGGAGGAGGAAUGCUGCCCAUGACCCCAAGAACACCAUCACCACCGUCAAAUAUGGAGGUGGAAACAUUAUGCUUUGGGGGUGUUUUUCUGCUAAGGGGACAGGACAACUUCACUGCAUCAAAGGGACGAUGGACGGGGCCAUGUACCGUCACAUCUUGGGUGAGAACCUCCUUCCCUCAGCCAGGGCAUUGAAAAUGGGUCGUGGAUGGGUAUUCCAGCAUGACAAUGACCCAAAACACAUGGCCAAGGCAACAAAGGAGUGGCUCAAGAAGAAGCACAUUAAGGUCCUGGAGUGGCCUAGCCAGUCUCCAGACCUUAAUCCCAUAGAAAAUCUGUGGAGGGAGCUGAAGGUUCGAGUUGCCAAACGUCAGCCUCGAAACCUUAAUGACUUGGAGAAGCUCUGCAAAGAGGAGUGGGACAAAAUCCCUCCUGAGAUGUGUGCAAACCUGGUGGCCAACUACAAGAAAUGUCUGACUUCUGUGAUUGCCAACAAGGGUUUUGCCACCAAGUACUAAGUCAUGUUUUGCAGAGGGGUCAAAUACUUAUUUCCCUCAUUAAAAUGCAAAUCAAUUUAUAACAUUUUUGACAUGCGUUUUUCUGGAUUUUUUUGUUGUUAUUCUGUCUCUCAUUGUUCAAAUAAACCUACCAUUAAAAUUAUAGACUGAUCAUUUCUUUGUCAGUGGGCAAACGUACAAAAUCAGCAGGGGAUCAAAUACUUUUUUCCCGCACUGUAAAUGGAAGAACCUUGGUGGAAAUUGGUAGGCUGAUUAUUACAGUGAUGGUUUAUGUCAUAGACUAGAUAUUUCUUUAGAAUUUUCAAAUGUAUGCUGGUGUGCUCAUGCACUCUGUGCUUCUUAGCUGUUCAGCCAUGGUUAUUUUGAGAAGCCGCAGGGGGAACGGUAACAGAUGCCUCAACUCAACCCUCAGGCAUUGCUGCUCACGUGGAGUGGGGGUGAUGUGCACAACAUCUCACUGUUGCCAUGGAAACGGCAGCCUGAGGAGCAGGCAGCUUUUGAAUUUGAUGAUGAAUAUAACUGCCUAACAGAAAUGGUAGUUUCUUUUAGCUAUCUUGAAAAUAAAACGCAAUGGUGUUAAGUUAGCAAUGUGGCUGUAGAUAAACUUAUGGUAAUAUCCUGUAUAUUAAAUACACCCCACACACUGGUAUCCCUUCCACUUACGUGUUGAGAUUUAGAAACGCACUGAAUGGAAAUUAGGAAUGAGUUGACUAUGGAUCUGAAACCUUUGUCACUCUCAUUUUGUAUUCAAUAAUUAGGCUACAGUUGGUCCCAAUACUGAACCAAAUUAAAUUUGUGGAAUAAGUGUUGUAACUCUUGUGCAUGUAGGCUAUGUAAUACGAAAUGAGUUACCGUUGAGAAAUGACAGUCCUGCCAUCCAUUUCACAUCACAUGCAGACUGGUUGGGUUAUAAGGAGGUUUGCAUGUUACUGUUCAUAAUUACAGUCCAGCCUUGUUAUUUUCCUUCACUCGGUCUUUCCCCUCCCCUGAGUUGUUCAAAUGCUGGCUCCUCAGCUAGCUAAAACAUCCGUCUAUGGGCUGGAAGCAGUCAUUCAGCCACACAACACAGUGCAAGUGCCACAGUAGUGAACAUGUCAGAGGAGGGCUCUGCUCUGUUCAGAGUGGCUGGAGAUCCAGGAGGGCUCUGCUCUGUUCAGAGUGGCUGGAGAUCCAGGAGGGCUCUGCUCUGUUCAGAGUGGCUGGAGAUCCAGGAGGGCUCUGCUCUGUUCAGAGUGGCUGGAGAUCCAGGAGGGCUCUGCUCUGUUCAGAGUGGCUGGAGAUCCAGGAGGGCUCAUAAAAGGGAGCCAAAAUGGUAUUCACACACCCGGUCCCAUAGGGCCAAGACCUCAGAUCCUGAAACAAGCUAUGAAACUGGCGGUGCUUCCCAUGCGGAAACUGAACAAAACAAUGCAGUCUCUCAUUAGUAAACAAGACGUAUGCUUGUUUUCAAGGGUUUAUUGAUCGUACAUUGGGAUGAUUAACCAAUGCUGCUAUCCCCUAGGGAAAGCGUGAAAUAAGGAUAGUAGCCUAUUUUUGUCCCUUUCAAGUGUCUAGAAUGUUUUGGGCAACACCCAAUGUGGGAGUUGUAUGUUUAUGAGUUGCUAGAGUCACAUGUUUUGUUAAAAAAUAAGCACAUUUAAAACAUGAGUUAUUGAAACCUGUCCUGUUAUUACAGUCGAAACUAGUAGAAAUACUUAAGCUACGUACAGACACAUGCACAAACGGUGACAAAUAGACGCUUGAAAGACGUACCGCCACACACACCCUCUGAUUGAACAUUGAACCCUCCUUACACAGCGAGUGCAUCAUCGAGUAUACAAACAGUUUCCUUCAGACUAGAUGAUACACAGUUGAAUGGAAAUGGGAUAUAAAAGAGAAUUAGAAUGCAAAAUAUGUCUCGCCAUGAACAACAACUCAUUUGGACUUGAUAUCAUUAAGGGCAGUUAAUUAAUGUUUGUUGCAGACCAAGUCUAUACUGAGGUCGUUAUAAUGAUAUAUGGCCAAGAUGCCUUAGGCAUUACUAUAAAUAGUCCCUCUACCUUCAUUUAUAUGGAGAGUAGUGAGCACAGAUUCCAAAGGGAGAAUUAUAGUACUGAUUCUGCAGGUUGUGGAGUAAGUUAGGGGUUCAAAUCUGCAUUUUAAGCAGGGCAAGUGGAUAAUUUUCACAUUAAACAUUGAUAGCAUAUGAAUUCACGAUUCAUUAAAACAUUCAUGAUGUUCUCCUAUAUGUUUAAAUCACUUUCAUUCCUUGUCUUUUGCACAUUCCGAGGUGGAAUUCUCAGUACUCUAUUCCAUUGUAGGAUCUCUUUCGUUGUUUUGUCUUGGGGUUUUGUUUUCUCUGUAUAUUAAAGUGUUUGAUGUGACUAUUUCUGUUGUAGGAAAUGUAUUACACUGUCGUAGACGCUCCUUGAACGCAAAAGAAUGAGGCAGCAUUAAAGCAAAGCCACGGCUCACGGCUAGACAGAAACGGUUUUGGGUUUCAGGGUGACUUUUGUCUGGUUUAUGUUUCAGGAGUUGCUCCAAAUGGGGCAAGAGGUAAAACACUUCAAAGUGAGUCCAUGUUUAGAGAAAAUACCUCGCAUCCUUGUUUACGUUUUUAGAGCCCCUAUGACAAUACCACAAGCCUGCUUAUUGAUGUGAGGAAAUUGGACAAUACCACAUAAACCAACAGGCUAACCUCCCUCUACAGCAGCACCACAUGGUAAAACAGUGUGUUUUAAUGAUCUAACUAGUAAAUGUAACUACCUGAGCUACACACAGGCCCCUUGUUGGCGAGGGAUGUUGUUCAACCCUACAGUGUGAGGUUUAUGUGGUGUUGGACUGCCACUUUCCUCCCUCCUGUAGGUUUGGACUAUUUUAGGGCAGAGGAGGUAUGUUCUCCUCAGAAGAAGUCCGGCCGCAGUAGCAAGGGGAAGCCAUGAGCAAUGGAAACUGCAAUGGGCCUUGGCUGCACUCCCUGAGGAGAAAGGGAGGGAGGGAGGGAGGCGGCACAGGGAAGAAGGAGGCAGUGAAAGUGAUAGAGUAGUACACAAGCAGAAGCCAUAUACUUAAAGGAGAGUCAAGGAGUGAAACAUCAACAGAAACAGAGCCUGGACAUGUGGUUAUUCAUUUUGGGGGGUGAAUUGGAUUUAGGACUCUAAUUUGGGAUUUUUCCUCUCCCUCACUGAUUUAGGGUUCCAGUCAUUUUCGUCUAGACAGCUUCACCUCACCCUUCUCUCUUUCAUCUAAUCUAAUCUACCUGCUGACUUGUUCUACCUUUGUCUAGUGCAGUUACUCUUCAUGUUAUGACACAUUUUGUUGUAGUUUAUUUGAUGCGCUUUCAUUCUAUUCUUCCUUAGCCUCCAAUGUAGUUUUAGUUGGUGGAGCAGUUUGGAGCAUUUCUGCUGUUGGAAUCCAAAUAUGUUUACUGAACUUCUGAAUAUAACACAACUCCAAGGCACAGAAACAGAGUUUGUUAAGAUUGUUAACUCCCAAAACGGUUGAUACAAGGAACUGAGCUUAUCAGAGAAAAAAUAAAACAAGAUCUAAAUAUCCUGUGAAGUUCAGAAAAAGAGCGAGCAAUGCAGCUGUGGGUGUUUGAGUUAUAAAUAGGGAAUUGGUCCUGAAACAAUGGAAAAACAUAUAAGCUGAAAAGCCAGAUGAAAAUUAACAAUGGUGUACUGGCGAGCAGAAACCAAGAACCUUGUGAAGUUUUAGUGUUCCUCCCUUGUAAUUUGAAAAAAGGCUUGUUUUUCCACCAUUCUGCUAACUCAGCUCUCCUGUGGAGGUUUGAGUGAAUAAAAUUGGUGGAACAAUAACCCUGUCCAGAAUGUCUUGGAAUGACCCAGGACUUUAUCUUCUGUUUUGAGAAAGUCAGGACUGUUAGCCCAUUUCUGAAGUUUUUGUUAGGGGGUUGGCAGUUUGGGGUUGGGGUUUGUCUCACACCAACUGCAGCCAAUGAAUUUGGAAAAUGUAUUUACCACAUUUCUUCACUUGAGAAUUGGCACUUGUUUUCUGAGGCAAUAAUUGAAAUGCUGUGUGAUUUGAUGAUGGGAAGAAGCUGAAAACCAAUACUACUAUUACUCAGAAAGAUGUGCAAGUUCUGUUAUAGUUUCACAGACAAGGCAAACAUACGCUAUGAAUGAGUGGAAUUUACAACCUGUUUAAGGAGCAAAGGUUCUCUUUGUUUAAUGCUCUCGUGAGGUUUUAGCCACUGUCAAUCUUAAGGAAACCAGAAGAGUGCCAUACGUUUUCAUUAGCAUGUUUUAUGUUGGCACGCAGUUCACUUCACCACUACAUUGUGUGUGUCACGAGAGUUAUAGUAGCCUAAGAGUAUCUGUCACACAUUAUAGUAAGUUGUUUUUAGUUCGCAAACAAAGAAAUAUGUGACUAAACUGGCACCAAAAGUUAACAUAAUUGUGAACAGUGACCUUGUAGGCUGCAAAGAAUUGCUGAGUAAUCAGUACCAUAAAGAUUAAUUGUGUACUUUGACCUCAGUUCAAAGCAAUUUCUAUGUUUCUAUACUGGACUGCCUGAGUGGUCAGUACCAGAACAAACAGUUCCUUUUUCAAUGCAUAGGCCUAUGUCUUGUGCAUUGAAUGAUUUCUACCCUAUGUAAAUGGUCUUCUGUGAGGGGUGGGAGCUCAGGCUAAAUGGGCCCAUAUGUGCUAGCAGCUAGCCAGUAGUCCAGUAAUAGCAACCUGUGGUUCUAUGGGAUUAGAUUAUGCUGCUAGCAGAACAGCCUGAAGUACUUUGAGACCGCAUCAAAUCAUACAGUACAGAGCAAAACAACUAAUAAAACAUGGAAACUGAGAGUCAUCAUGGAGCAUUGUGGGAUUGGCUAUGGUUUUUGGGAAUGUGGUCAAUAGGAAGACCUUGAGUCACAUAUCACAUAAAUCACAUAAGUGUUUGCUUCUCUAACUAUUGAAAGGAUGCAGUAAUAACACCAGGCCUGUUGUCUGUUCCCCCCACAGGAGAGGAUGCUGAGUCACAGUGGUGUCAACGCACGGGGGAGAGACAUGUUUGGACUACGCUGCUUACCAGGUAAGACCCAGACUGAUGAAUAUGAUGCUAGUUCCAUGUGAGAAAUACAGUAGCUAUACGCGUAUAAUAACAUGUGGGUCUGAAAACACAGUGUCAGCCACAUGUCUUUAGGCAAAUCCAUCUGUAUCUCUGUUUUCUUACUAAAUCCUAGUGCUAAGCUACUGUAAUGUAGCCUCUGUGAGAACAGUGUGUCAGUGCGCUGCGGAGAGCAGUGCUGCUGGCCCCUGCCCCUGGUCAUAAUCUCAGUGUCCGCAGCACGCCGCGGCAGGAGCUUUACAACAGGAAUGUUGGCAGGCCAGGGCCCCUCCAGAGCCAAGCUAAUCUCUAACGUUUCAUAUCAGCAGUUAUUCACAGCACCUCUGUGGGAGCAGUGUGUGUGUUUCCUUGUCCCUUUCACUUUCAGCUCUCACGUCCACCUUGUAUCGCUGACCUAGACACAUCCCUCCCCGUCCCUCCUCCCUCACUUCCCCCUUCAUUCACCUUUUCUGUUUAACUCAGAAACUGUUUCUAUCUCAUUCUUUCCAGACUCUCCCAGUCGGUUUGAGGUUCACUGUGGUCCCAUUCUGAGUUGUUUUUGUUGUCGUGUGACUGUGAAAUGCUGUCCGUCAGUCUUUCUUUCUCUCCGGCCCUCUUCCUCCCUUCUUCCCUUUCUCUGACCAGUUUUCUAUGUCCUGCCAUGGCAGAUUUGAAACACAGCUGGUCAUGGAAACCUGUCUCACAUUAAGGCUGAAAGGAUUCAUCCGAAUGGGAAACACUGUCAUAGUUUCUGCAAACGGAGUUCUCUCAUGUUGGAAACAGACUUUCAGCUCGGAAAAAUGUGUUACACACACACACACACACACUUUCACAGAGGCACCACGCAAGGGAAUGGGGAAUCUGUGGAAGCAAACUGGGUGAAAGGGCUCACGUUGCAGCAUCCCACAGACAGUCGGAACAGUCCCAGGCCUCAGUGUACUGUAUACUAUACAACCCUGCGUGCCAUUCAUCACAUUCUCAGAUAACACUCGGACACAAGACAGGGGAAACCAGAGCGGGCUCCAGGGGGGUAAAUGGGUCAGGGCAGCACAAACAGCUAUGGGUAGAUAGAUGGUGUACCUUUUGAAUGUGAGGGGCCUACUAUAGAUCCACAGACAAAGCCAAGUGGACAGGACCCUCCUCAGAGCAUAACCACAAUCCCCUGAUCCAUGCACUUAUGUUACACUGGAUUUGGGUUGGUGUCAAUCAUUGGACUCACUGCUGGCCUUGCUGAGUGACAAGAGAAUAGCAGGUCAAUAUCGGUGAAGAAUAUAACAUUGUAUGUUUUAUGACUUGAAGUUCCUUACAAAAGCUCAAUUUGGAUAGCACACUAACUACCUAAAAAAAUAGUGAAGAGCUCUGUGCAUUCUGUGUGUGUGUGUGCAUAUGUAUACAUGUUUUCCUACAUUAUCAGGACCACAAUGUACUGACAAGUCGCCAGAAUGUCCUGACAAGGUUGGAAAACAAGAAACAUUUUGAAAAGGCAGGACUUUUUUCAUGUCCUGAAUUUGUUAAAAUGAAUAUUUUAGGCUUAUGGGUUAGGUUUGGGGUUAAAGUUAGGGUUAGAUGUAGGUUUAGGGGUUAGGGAAAAUAGGAUUUUUGUCUUAUUCUCUCCCAUUGGUUAGCAGAGGGCCAGAAACGUCUCCUCUGCACGCACAUAGGAACAAAAUGGAGAACAAAUGUGGUUGGAAACAAAUACAAUUUAAAAUAGAACAUGUGGUUCAUAUCACAUUCAGCUUUAUUCUCUCCGGCCGAUUUCUCAGGUUGUCCGAUCCACUGGCAGAACACCAAUGGACAAAGAAAAAGAUAGCCACAGUGGGGACUUUCCGGUGUUUACGUGUGUUUGUAUGAAAGUGUCUGUUAAUGUGCUUGUGUCUGAGUGCAUCUGUGAGUCUGUGUGUACAUGUGUUUUUGUGUGCGAGAGAGGGUUAGAAAGGGAGGGAGACAAAGGCAAUGAGCGUUGUGUGUGUGUGGUGGGGGUGGGGCCUGCACUCUGCAGGAUGAAAGUAAAACUGUUUAAACUGUUAAAUUACCAGUGUCGUCUCAUAAACAGCUUCACUGUAUACAGAGUAUUGAGUGACUCAAUCCUCAGCUUCCCAUGCUGUGCGACUGUAAACUACCUGCAAACUCUCCAGUCCAGAACUCAGUCAAACCAGAAACAGUCACUUCCUGUCCCCUCUCUCACAUCUGUGAGCCACAAUGCCUGAGGAAUGUCUUCAGCACUGUUGCACCCGGGGAGCCAUAAAAAGGAGCACGCAAAUCCCACUGAGCUUGAUUGGCCAAAGAGUAACAGGCCAUCCUAAAAACAAGGCUCAUUUGUGUGUAAAAGUGUCCUUACGGGCGCCUGGUUCAGGAGUUUAAUUCCUAGUUAUAUGUCCAGGACUUUAGAAAGGGAAUACUUGUGCUGAGAGUUUGUGACUUUGAUCUGGCAUCGUGAGACUGAAGUCGGCGUAAAUAUAGCCUAAUCACACUGCCUUGCUUGAUUCCAGUCCUCAGCUCACACCCCCCCCAAAGAUCUUGUGGCUUUGUUGAGGGACCUUUUGAAGAUUUCUUAGUAGCUUUCGCUAGGCUUUGGUGUUAAUCUUGUGCAAUGGGCAAAGUAUUGGAGUGUUAGCAGUGAUGACCUUGAUUACAACCACACUUUCUUUUCUCAUAGGAUAAACAAGCAUUUGAUGUGUUAAAUUACGAUGUCCUGUUUUGCUCUAUUUAUGCAAUUGGUGUCCCCGAAAAUUUUCUCUCAACCGAGGUCUAAUUGGCUGUCUGAGGGUUGAGCUGUACCAAAAAUGGCAUGCUUUGUGCAGUUAUGUUUUUGACUUAUUGCUUUUUUGUUUUCCUUUAAUGUUAUUUUGAAGGAAUUCAGUUGUUCCUUUAAAUUUAGUUUUGAAGGAAUUCAGCCCUGUCAACAACCCACCAAAUCCUUUUUAUUGUUCUAAAAACUGAACAAUUGUAACAUUCUCUCCACCGUGAUGGUGUCUGGCCAAACACUUCCCUUGCAAGAGACAAAAAGGCAAUUUUCCCCCUCUACUCUCAGGACUCUGUUGCCAUGGAAACCAAAGACUAGCUGGGAAAGGCUUUGUUUUGCUGUGAGAGAGCAUUACGAAUGUGCUGUCUCAGUCUCACUGCUGUGUGAGAGAGGGUGUGUCUGUGUGCCGGUGUGUUUAGAUGUGAGAGAGAUGUAUGGGUGAAAGGGCUUGUUUUUGGAAGCUUUGUUCUGGAGUUCUAGAGUUCUGGAAUCUUUUUAUUUUCAAGCAUGAACACAAUAUUACAAACAGAUUUCAAAAUUGCAUAAAUGUUGCAUACAUUCAUCAUUCCCAACAAAGCAUUUAAACACAUUUAUGGCGUAAUAACAUGAUAAUAGCCUAAUAUUGAUAGCUGUAGAGCCAAAGCUGUAUCAGUCUGGAAAAUAUAUUUGCCUCUGUAUCCCAUGGGACUAGACAAGCGCAAGUUAAAUUGCACAUUUUAUUGACAUAAAAAGAAGGCUCAGUAAAUAUGCACCAAUAAAUACAUCCCUGCCCAGAAGGGAAGUCAUGCAUUUGGAUUGGAAAAUGCAUCUGAAGUGUAAUGAGGAAUACAUAAGUACAUUAUAUUGACAAGAAAAAUUGGAGUGUGAGAUGGAUUAGUAUAUGACUGGCGUUGAUACAAAUAGCUUAAUUGUUCUUUGUCCAAAACACCACAAUGAGAAAAGGCAGGGGACUCUUCAUCAAUCUAAAUAGGAAAAUGAAUUAAUUGACACACACAUGCCUCUGGUAUCAUGCUGCCUUUUUGUAUUUGUGACAAUGUUUGCAUUGAUAUCAAUAAUUACGAUGAUGGAAUGAUUCCUCACUUGCUUUAAAUAUGUUUGUGUAGCACUAGCACGUGGACAGCUUCCACUGCCAUGGUUAUCUCCACCACUCCCUUCUAGUAGCUCUCCAACUUUUUUUCUUGAGUUCAGUCACCGAUUUCCUCACCACCCCAAAAUCACAGCCUGGGUUAGUGGAAGUGGCAGGCAAAUCUUCGGAGACAGGGUUACAAUGUUCCUUGUACGUCUGAAGGAAAUAGAUGUGAUCUUUUGUGUGUGAAAGCUGAUCCAGCCACAGCUUCUCUCAUCCACAGCUUACCCACCUCCUGCUCCAGUCGCUUCAGGAGUAUUUAACCCGACUCACUUCAGCCUUCUCCUGGGCUCUGAUCGACUCCUUCACCUCAGAGCACCUUCUCUCAAUGGAGUGGAUCAGCUCAGUAAAGAUCCUCUCACUAUCCUCCACUGCUACCUGUGCAGAGCUCUUGAGUGACGCCAUAGCUUCUCUGAGCCGUUCUAUCUCCCAUCUCUUCUCUUUUCUCUUCAGUUGGAAUGUUUCCCACCAUAUUUUCACCUGAAUCUCUCUUACACUCCUUUCUGCUGCAGCUGAGACUGUAUCACGGCCUUUAUGUUCAUCUACACAGAUAACAGAUACACUGCUGUUCCUUACAGUACUCGUCCAGCAGUUUAUGACGAGAGCAGACCUUCUCCUGCAGUUUUGGCAAGGAUUUGACUAGCGUGUACAUCUGAAAUGCAGAAGACAUAUAGUGAUGUUGGAGGGGAGCCUUACAGUAGCUGGCCAUACACACCAGACAGGACAUAUCCGCUUUGCGUUUUCUCCCCGAGCAGACGUCACACUGCAUAUCUCCGGGUCUAGCAUAAAAGAAAACACUUUGGAAUUCUCUGUUCAGUUUCUCCACCAUAUCAGCCAGGAUGGUAUUUCUGUUCAGAAAAGGCUUUGUGAUGAAGGUCUGUCUGCACUGUGGGCAGCUGUAGACACCCUUCUCAUCAUCCUGAUCCCAGUAGCGCUCAAUACAGUCCGUACAGUAGCUGUGUCCCCAGGCAGUAGUCACUGGAUCUUUCAGUAGAUCCAGACAGAUCGGACAGGAGAAUUGGUCCUUCUCUACUGAGACAUUAGCAGCUGCCAUUUUGAUACAGACUGAUAGAUACGUAGGCAGACUGAGCUAAAAUCUUUGUCUGAAGGUAAAGAAAUAGACACCGAUUCAGAGUCUGGAAGGACAAAAGAGUUGAAUGUUGCGUGCCGUCUUAGAGAGAAAAUGAAUGUCUGAGUACCUUUUCUGAAACCCUCUUUCAAUGAUUUUGAGUUUAUGGAGCCCGAUCACAAGCUGGUGAAUUGUGAUUGUGGAUCAAAGUACAUUAGAGAGGUGUUCUUUGUAAGAGCUGUUAUUAACAACAUAGCUAACUUAUGUACAGUAGAACUGUAGUCACAUUGGUUGCACACACCAUAUUUCAUUCUUUGUAUGUGAAAUGUCAAUGUGAUCGGAAAUAUGAGGCGAAUGCCAAGCUGGACCCGGAUGCCAGACAACUACAGUGCCUUCGGAAAGUAUUCAGACCCCUUGACUUUUCUCACAUUUUGUUACGUGUUAGCUUUAUUCUGAAAUUGAUUGAAUUGUUUUUUUUCCUCAUCAAUCUACACACAAUAAUGACAAAGCAAAAACAGGUUUUUAGAAAUGUUGCUAAUUUAUAAAAUAAAAUAAACUGAAAUAUAACAUUUACAUAACUAUUCAGACCCUUUACUCAGUACUUUUUUGAAGAACCUUUGGCAGCGAUUACAGCCUUGAGUCUUCUUGGGUAUGACGUUACAAGCUUGGCACACCUGUAUUUGGGGAGUUUCUCCCAUUCUUCUCUGCAGAUCCUGUCAAGCUCUGUCAGGUUGGAUGGGUGAGCGUUGUUGCACAGCUAUUUUCAGGUCUCUCCAGAGAUGUUAGGUCGGGUUCAAUUCCGGGCUCUGGCUGGGCCACUCAAGGACAUACAGAGACUUGUCCCGAAGCCACUCCUGUGUUGUCUUGGCUGUGUGCUUAGGGUCGUUGUCCUGUUGGAAGGUGAACCUUUGCCCCAGUCGGAGAUCCUGAGCGCUCUGGAGCAGGUUUUCAUCAAGGAUCUCUCUAUACUUUGCUCCGUUAAUCUUUCCCUCAAUCCUGACUAGUCUCCCAGUCCCUGCCGCUGAAAAACAUCCCCACAGCAUGAUGCUGCCACCACCGUGCUUCACCGUAGGGAUGGUGCCAGGUUUCCUCCAGACGUGUCGCUUGGCAUUCAGGCCAAAGAGUUCAAUCUUGGUUUCAUCAGACCAGAGAAUCUUGUUUCUCAUGGUCUGAGAGUCUUUAGGUGCGUUUUGGCAAACUCCAAGCAGGCUGUCAUGUGCCUUUUUACUGAGGAGUGGCUUCCAUCUGGCCACUCUACCAUAAAGGCCUGAUUGGUGGAGUGCUGCAGAGAUGGUUGUCCUUCUGGAAGGUUCUCCCAUCUCCACAGAGGAACUCUAGAGCUAUGUCAGUGACCAUUGGGUUCUUGGUCACCUCCCUGAACAAGGCCCUUCUCCCCCGAUUGCUCAGUUUGGCUGGGCGGCCAGCUGUAGGAAGAGUCUUGGUGGUUCCAAACUUCUUCCAUUUAAGAAUGAUGGAGGCCACCGUGUUCUUGGGGACCUUCAACACUGCAGAAUUUUUUUGUUACCCUUCCCCAGAUCUAUGCAUUUUACAUUUUAGUCAUUUAGCAGACGCUCUUAUCCAGAGCGACUUACAGUUAGUGAGUGCAUACAUUACUUAUUUGUAUAAAAAAUUUUCAUACUGGCCCCCCGUGGGAAUGACUCGACACAAUCCUGUCUCGGAGCUCUACGGACAAUUCCUUCGACCUCAUGGCUUGGUUAUUGCUCUGACAUGCACUGUCAACUCUGGGACCUUUAUAUAGACAGGUGUGUGCCUUUCCAAAUCAUGUCCAAUCAAUUGAAUUUACCACAGGUGGACUCCAAUCAAGUUGUAGAAACAUCUCAAAGAUAAUCAAUGGAAACAGGAUGCACCUGAGCUCAAGUUCGAGUUUCAUAGCAAAGGGUCUGAAUACUUAUGUAAAUAAGGUAUGUCUUUUUAUUUUUAAUACAUUUGCAAGGAUUUCUAAAAACCUGUUUUUGCUUUGUCAUUAUGGGGUAUUGUGUGUAGAUUGCUGAGGACUUUAGAAUAAGGCUGUAACAUAACAAAAUGUGGAAAAAGUCAAGGGGUCUGAAUACUUUCCGAAGGCACUGUAUAUCUGCUUGACUCAACCGUUCAGUGGCUGACAUAGCUGAGAAAAUAGCACCUCCCAGCCUCUUGAUAAACUCAAUGCUGAAGUUUACAUUCACUCACAUUUCUGUUAUACAUAACACUCAACAUUACCCUCUCCCUUCCCUCAAACACAGUCAUUCUGGUAUUUUGCACAAUUCAUCACUUUACCUUGGAAUGCUCAGUCUUGACGAUGGAACUCUCAUAAUGUUCUAAAAUAGUCUACGUUUUUAUUGUUUUCAAUAUCAGCCAGAUUUGAAACAUUCUGUGGACAAUAAAGUUGUUGUAUUCUAUUCAGUAAGCUCCAGCCUAAAUCCCCUGUCUGUGUUCCCCAGGCGAGUGUGUGCUCCAGCCUAAAUCCCCUGUCUGUGUUCCCCAGGAGAGUGUGUGCUCCAGAGGGCUGUGUUGGUGAGGAAGAAGCUAACUGCCAAGGAGGGGGGUGGAUGGCUGUCUGGCACUCUCUUCUGUACCCACUUCAGAGUGGCCUUUGUGCCUCAGGACAGCCCCAAAGCUGACGUGAGUACUGGACUAGCUCUGAGUAUGGACUGGUGAUCGUAGUAAUGAUACCGUAUUAUUGCUAGAAGAAGGCUAGUGGGCAUAAUAAUAAUAAUAAUAAUAAUAAUAAUAAUAAUAAUAAUCACAAUCAACAACAUCAUAUAGAACGUUUUCAGACCAUCCAUUCAUUGGUGUAAAAUAUCCUGAUCAGACAAACUAACCUAUAUUUGUACCAUCCCUCCAACCCUCUGUAUGUAGGACAACGCAGACCCUGUGCUCCUGGGGGAUCAUGACGUGGCCCUGGCCUCUAUUGAGAAGGUUGUAGCUGGUAAGACUUCUUCUACAACUAUACUAGGCUGUAGUGGUCCCAAACUCCUUUGUGCUAUGAGAGCCACGAGAUGUACUUGUAAAAAAAAAUAUGAUGAAUGAUAUAAACAAUUGUAAUAUCCUAAACCCAAUUCAAGACUAGGCUUGACACAGGAAGCAUUAGCUGUGAACCAUCAGUGGUGUAGUGUGUUCUGUGUACCUGGCUUUGACUCUAAGAUGGCUGUGUAACCUCUGUGCUGCAGUGGGCCCAUCCCGGACCAAGCUGGUGACGGCUAGCUCCUCUCUGAAGUUCACUCCUGAGGAGCUGGUGUUGUACUGUCGGGACCUGCGUGUUCUCUGCUUCCUCUUUGACCGCCUCACUCCUGACACACAGGCUGUGGAGGUAGUGUGUGUGUGUGCGUGUAUACUGUAUGUCAGCAUGUGUGAUUAAAAAAAAGACUUUUAAAGCACAUUUAGCACUUAUAGAAUAAUAAUCAUGUAGCAUGCGCAGCGUCUCCUUAUUUGAAGAUUGACUUCAGAAGGUUGUGAUUUGAGUUUCAAAUGGAUAUUAUGCAGCAUGUACCCUGUGAGUAGAGAAUCUGAUGUGUCUUGUAGGUCAUUGUGAUCAUGCAUACAGGGUCUCACUCCAUGUUGAAUGCUGAUGCACUUUGUCAUGCUGAUCAGCAGACUGAGUCUUGUUGUUCCUCCUCAGAUAACGUACACCAUUGCCAAGACUUACCAGCCUCUGAAGCCAGGGGCUGUCCUCUCCUUCCAGAAUGCAGCCCUGGGGAGUGUUGGUGAGUCACACACACGCUGGAAUACUUAUUUAAAAAGUCAUAUUGAAGAGAGCACAUUUUGAGUACAAAGAACUAAAGUAUUUUAGAGGUCAUAUAGGUACUUGGAAUUGUUUCUUUAUGAGUCAUUCAUACACAAACAAACAUACACACACAACACACACACACACACACACACAUCUCUUUUUGUCUGAAAUGUAACCACCAGCAUACUUCAGAAUCAGCCAGAGAUGGAGGGUUAUGGGGCUGGAUAUAAUUGCUAUUGCAUGCAGGCCCUUGAUAAGAUCUCAAGCUUAGAGAUAUUCUCUCUGGCUCUCAAAGAUCCUCCCAAAAUAAAGAACGUACUGUUUUUAAUACAGUGCACUGAAGCUCUUCACAUAUUAAAAGCAUUAGAGGGGUUUGUUAGACAGACAAGUUAGAAACUGUAUUACUGUAUUUUUUUUGUAUUAGACUAUUAAAAAGGCUGGACCUUUAUGUCAUCAAAUAUUUAAAAAAAAUAUAUAUAUAUAUAACAUAUAUUUCAACAGAAAGUUACAGGUGCAGAAACAAAAGCUAAAACAUGUAGCUGCCAACUAAGAAGUCACUUGGUUUUCACCAUUACAGUGAAUAUCUGACUGGACAGAACAUACUGUAUACAGAAACAUGAGCCACUACUGUACACCAUGCUAAUAUGCUAUGCAAUGCUACGGUACGCUACACUGGACAGGAUACAGGCAGCUAGCUCUCAGGCAGCUCUAAUGUCUGAAUAUCUGAAACAUCACCCUGCUGUGUGGUCAGGAUGUGUUCAGUUCAGGUCUAUACACCAAACAACUGCAAACCCCUGACCUACAACCACAUCAGUCUUGAGUUUUCACACUUUCACUCUAGCUGAAUAGAAUAGCAUUAAAGAUACACUAUGCAGAAAUCGCUCCGCCAUUUCAUGGUUGCUAAAAUUCUAAUAGUUCGCCUAAUUUCAGUUUAUGUGACAAAACAAGCAAGUAUAGUGUAGAGAAUAUUGUACCAUGUAAACCGCUGUGAAAUAUAUUUUCCAUAACCAAAAAUAUAGUAUUGUCAGCUGAUUGAAGCUGGUGUACAAAAUCGAAAGUAAAAGACGCAAAAACUAAACUUAAUAAUGGGAACCAUAGAAAUAGCACACAUAGAACAUAUCUACAGUUUUUUAAGACUUGCUUUUAAUGAGAAUGACAGAUCUAUAACUCACAUUUCUGUGAAUUUGGUUGGGUCGCCCAAAAAGUUACAUAAUGCAGCUUUAAGCGUGAUAUAGAAAUGUAUUAAUAGUGAUACACAUCAAAUCAGCAUAACCAAUGUUUCAGUGUGGCUUUUCUCAAGGAAAGCUCAAUCUCUCCACCACCCCCACUCUCUUCCCCCCCACCUUUUCCGACAGAGAUGAAGCAGUUCCUAAGCAACCGUAGGCGUGACGCCCACAUGAACUGGUUUGAUAGUUUGUCGGACUGGGAGCAGGAGCUGGAGAGGACCGGGGCCUGCGGCUGGAGGGUCAGCUCCGUCAACGACCGCUUUGAGAUGUCCACCAGGUAGCCUAUACACCCACCACCUGACGCUUUCCUAGUGGUUAACCUGUUUGGAACUUGAAUAGUGGAAAAUAUAAAAUACAUGAUAUAGUUGCCCACUCUGGUCCUGUUAGUGUUGGGCUGGAACAGAAGCCUGUGCACACUGUGCUCCUGGUGUAAAGUUAGUGUCCUAGCCCAAAUGCCUAUUAAACUUGCAAUGGUUAAAGUAAUUUUCUUCUAUUUCAUGUCAGUCUGCCCAAGUUCAACGUGGUCCCUCAGAAAGUUCUAGACACUGAGCUAAAGAAGACCUUUGCCCACUUCAACGAGGGACGCAUUCCUGUAAGUAGAACUCCACCACUCAUCAUGUGACCCCUCAAUAUCAGUCAGGUCAGAAAACUCAGUUAAAAUCUCAUGCCCUGGCACUACAAACUCAUACAGGGAUUUCAGAACAUAUACAAAAACCACUACUAUUGAGACCACGUUGUGUCUAAAUCUGUGUGACUGUUGUCCUCCAGCGCUGGUGUUGGCGACACCCUCGGGGCAGUGACCUGCUACGGAUGGCCAGCUUCCAGAGCAACAUCUACCAUGAGAAGGAUGACAUCAGGUUUGUGAGUGAGUGAGUGAGCGAGAGAGAUGCCAAAGGCUAUUGCUUCACAGCAGAAUCUUAAAGUCAAAACUAACCUGUAAUCAUGUACAGUGAGGGAAAAAAGUAUUUGAUCCUCUGCUGAUUUUGUACGUUUGCCCACUGACAAAGACAUGAUCAGUCUAUCAUUUUAAUGGUAGGUUUAUUUGAACAGUGAGAGACAAAAUAACAACAAAAAAAUCCAGAAAAAUGCAUGUCAAAAAUGUUAUAAAUUGAUUUUCCAUUUUAAUGAGGGAAAUAAGUAUUUGACCCCUCUGCAAAACAUGACUUAGUACUUGGUGGCAAAACCCUUGUUGGCAAUCACAGAGGUCAGACGUUUCUUGUAGUUGGCCACCAGGUUUGCACACAUCUCAGGAGGGAUUUUGUUCUACUCCUCUUUGCAGAUCUUCUCCAAGUCAUUAAGGUUUCGAGCCUGACGUUUGGCAACUCAAACCUUCAGCUCCCUCCACAGAUUUUCUAUGGGAUUAAGGUCUGGAGACUGGCUAGGCCACUCCAGGACCUUAAUAUGCUUCCUCUUGAGCCACUCCUUUGUUGCCUUGGCCGUGUGUUUUGGGUCAUUGUCAUGCUGGAAUACCCAUCCACGACCCAUUUUCAAUGCCCUGGCAGAGGGAAGGAGGUUCUCACCCAAGAUUUGACGGUACAUGGCGACGUCCAUCGUCCCUUUGAUGCGGUGAAGUUGUCCCCUUAGCAGAAAAACACCCCCAAAGCAUAAUGUUCCCACCUCCAUGUUUGACGGGGGGGAUGGUGUUCUUGGGGUCAUAGGCAGCAUUCCUCCUCCUCCAAACACGGCGAGUUGAGUUGAUGGCAAAGAGCUCGAUUUUGGUCUCAUCUGACCACAACACUUUCACCCAGUUCUCCUCUGAAUCAUUCAGAUGUUCAUUGACAAACUUCAGACGGGCCUGUAUAUGUGCUUUCUUGAGCAGGGGGACCUUGCGGGCGCUGCAGGAUUUCAGUCCUUCACGGCGUAGUGUGUUACCAAUUGUUUUCUUGGUGACUAUGGUCCCAGCUGCCUUGAGAUCAUUGACAAGAUCCUCCCGUGUAGUUCUGGGCUGAUUCCUCACCGUUCUCAUGAUCAUUGCAACUCCACGAGGUGAGAUCUUGCAUGGAGCCCCAGGCCGAGGGAGAUUGACAGUUCUUUUGUGUUUCUUCCAUUUGCGAAUAAUCGCACCAACUGUUGUCACCUUCUCACCAAGCUGCUUGGCGAUGGUCUUGUAGCCCAUUCCAGCCUUGUGUAGGUCUACAAUCUUGUCCCUGACAUCCUUGGAGAGCUCUUUGGUCUUGGCCAUGGUAGAGAGUUUGGAAUCUGAUUGAUUGAUUGCUUCUGUGGACAGGUGUCUUUUAUACAGGUAACAAACUGAGAUUAGGAGCACUCCCUUUAAGAGUGUGCUCCUAAUCUCAGCUCGUUACCUGUAUAAAAGACACCUGGAAGCCAGAGAUCUUUCUGAUUGAGAGGGGGUCAAAUACUUAUUUCCCUCAUUAAAAUGCAAAUCAAUUUAUAACAUUUUUGACAUGCGUUUUUCUGGAUUUUUUUGUUGUUAUUCUGUCUCUCACUGUUGAAAUAAACCUACCAAUAAAAUUAUAGACUGAUAAUUUCUUUGUCAGUGGGCAAACGUACAAAAUCAGCAGGGGAUCAAAUACUUUUUUCCCUCACUGUACAUGUUACCCGGCAAUUCCUGAGAUGGGACAGGUUAGCAGGCUAUUGUUGAAUGCUAUUCCUUGUGCAUGUCUGAUACAGCGCGUAGCCUGGGGCAAAGACAGUUUAGUAGCCCUGGGCUAUGGUUACACAGUAAUGGAGUGUGACAUGUCUAAUCACAGAGAAUAAUGCUAAUGGCUCCCUGCCUGUCUGUCCUGUGGGAUGUUACUGUAGGAACCUGGAGUUGAUCCUGUUUGGGGGCCAGUCUCUGUGUGUGGUGGUGGAGCUGGGAGAAGAGAUGCCUUCACCCACAGACAUACAGCUGGCACACACCCGCCUACGGGCUCUGUGUCUGGGAGGUCAGUGCAAACCUUGUGCACCUUUUGGAAAGACAAGUGUAUUAGUCUGUGUUUUAAUGUAUCUGACAAAGACCCACAGUGGACAAAAUGUCAGGUCAAAAUAUUGCUACAGUGCAUGUAAACAUAGGACUGUAUUCUGUUUUCUAUUCACAUGAUAGCCUGCACCAGUGACAUUUGAUUGGGGUUGCCUGUUUCAUUGGCAAGCCCUCCCCUUGCCUCUCCCGUGGCGUCUUUUUUAUUUGUUGACAUUCAUUCGCUUUGGCACAGGUUUUACACUGCAUCUAUGGAGGGGGACUCCAGCCCUGAGGGCCAGUGGGCAUGCAUAUUUUAUAGGGAACAUAAAGUGGUGUUAAUCUAUUUCCAUGUGCUUCCCAUUACAAUGCUACUAAGACAGAUGGUAGGUUAGUAGAGAUCACAUCCAGUUGACAAGACCCCAGACACCAAUUUACCUCCUGAAAUUACGGAUUUGGAUUCAAGCCAAAAUACCCAAUAAAUCAAUGUAUACCCCCUCAUAUAAGCGUACACUACUCAUAUUUUACGAUAUGUGAGCACCAUGUGAUGGUGGCGUGUUUUUCCUGACACUUCUUCCUCUAAUGCUCUGAGAAGUCAAAACAGCUUUGAGAGACGGUUUCCUAGACUAGGAGACAACUAGUUUCCUAGACAACACCUUCUCUGUUGUGCUGAUGUGGAGUUCACAGGGACAGGACAGGGCAGGGCACACCACAGGGUCGCUGACUCCCACGGCUCACACAUUGCUCACAUUGUUUGGUUUAUUGUGUGAUACCUCUACACAAGGCUGAGGGAUUUGGAUAGACAACAACCACACAAAUCUAUGGGCCUCAGUCAUCAUGUCAUGUUUGAACUACCUUAACAAUUGUGAAAUAUUUUUUAAAGACUUAAAACGAUGUGUUUUCAGAAGAUAUUUAUUUACAGCCAAACAUUUAAUAUGUAGAGCUAUGGAUAAUAUUUCUUUAAAGAUUUCAGGUGCAAUAGUAUAUCUUAAAACUUGUCAAAUCCCCACUCUAACCUACUGUAUGUACAAUAAGGCUCCUUUGACAAAAACAUGAACAAGGUUUCUUUGUCUUCUGUGUUUGUCCACAGACAUCUCCACAUCUGUGUCAGUGCCAGAUGACAAAUGGCUGUCUACGCUGGAGAGCACCCAUUGGCUGGAUUACACCAGGUGAGAGGUCAUGAUUGGCUUCUCACCAAAGCAAUAAAUCAUCUGUAAUGAAUGUGCCAGGCCUACAUUGAUUUGGUAGAUUUUUUAUGUCUACCUAGUAAUGAGAGUGCAUAGCUUGGUUUAUCUCUUGUAAGCCUGUAGCGCAAUAUUGAUGUAGUAUUAAUGUACCAUUAUAGCACAUUAGCCUAGCCCUGGUUGAAUGUGUGGCUUUAUUGUGUUACAGUAGCUGUAACAUGCAGAUUUAGAAUGCUCUUACAUACUGUUACAGAACAUCCCUUUAGCAUGAGGCUAUAAUAAUGCCUACACACGAUGUUGAAUGUAGCUGUCAUAUAUUCAAUAUGUGUGUGAGUCUGUUAUAACUACACAGUAGACCUAGUGCAUAGCUUUUUCUACAGGCUUACACACAUGGAUGUGGAAGCGUCUAUGUGCUGAAACCAGCUAGAACUGUGAUAGUAGCAUAGCAUUAGCAUGAUGCUCUGCUCCCUCCCCAGGUGCUGUCUGAGGAAAGCUGUUGAGGUGGCCUGCCUGCUCCGCGGAGGUCACCUGACUGUGGUGCUGCAAGGUGAGUCACAUGACGAGGGCCAGGCAGCACCGAAUAUUAAAUCCAUUCAUUUAUUAUUCACACUGCGUUCCUCAUUAAAGCGGUAUUAGGGCUUACCCUGAAGGAGACUCGUACUGUACAAGCACGACUCUACUAGGACACUAAUACAGCAGGUGGUAGUCUAUUGUGUCUGGUGAGAUUGUGUUAUGAUAGUGUACUAUAUUGUCAUGCUGACUGGCUCAUUUUGUUGUUGAAGUUUACUGUAGUGAGUUGGAAGUUCAAUGUGGGUGCCAGUCUGUCCGUUUCUGUUUUAGUCAAGGCAAGGAUGUAGCAAACUAGCGAUGUUGAACAUAAAUAGUCUGGCACCCAGGCUGGAGAACACGGCCUUGGAGAGAUGAGGGAGUGUAAUAUUGCAGUCUAUUAUGGGGAGAACAGUCUUAUGGCAAAGCUACAGACGUUCUUGACUAAAUACAACUAUUUUGCCAUGUUCAUACAUUAUUAUUACAUGACUCCAUGUACUGACACAUAUAAUUGGGCUUUGAGAGUCAGUCCUAGUCUGUUGAUACCUAUGGUAGCUACCACAGACUGAAAAGUCAACAGAACUCUGUGUUAUAUGAAAAAUGGUCCUGUGAUUUUCCCUUCCCCCGUAUGAGUUGUGUUGUCUGGCCAGCCUCAAGUGGGCUUUUUGGAGAAGAGGGUCGUAUAUCACCCCCACAAAACCACAGAGCUGACUGUGUCCUGACCACAAGUAAUGACUGGAGAAAUGACCCAAUGGCAUUUUCAGACAGGCCCAGCCAACACUCCCUCCUGCCUGUGGUUAGAAAAAACCUUCCCACCAGAUGUGGGGAUUUGGGAGAGGUUCUAUUCUAGUCCACAGGGGGGGCACUUUUUGUUGGAAUGAAAGGGCUGAUGUGAGACUGUGGCAUUUGGAUUGUCAUGUUUUGUUGUUUUUUAUUCAAGGCAUUACUCUUCUCAAAUCUUUUAUUUUGUGUGUGUUUAGGGUAGAUGAUAAACUCAAGGAUACUUCUCUUAUCCUCUGAUAUCUGAGCCCUGAAUAUGUGUACUGUUACUGUAUUCAGUUACAAUUAAUAGUCUUAUUGAUUGUCUAUUUCCUCCUGUUGUGUGCAGAGGCGGAGGACCGGGACAUGACCUGUGUGGUGUCCAGUCUGGUCCAGGUGAUGUGUGACCCCCACUGCAGGACCAGGGCGGGCUUCCAGGGUCUGGUGCAGAAGGAGUGGGUGAUGGCCGGACACCGCUUCCUCAGCCGCAUCAACUACCACAGGGACAGCGACAAGGAAGAGGUGAGAGGAUAAGCUGUGGAGUGUGUGUGUAUCACCUAUCAGUCAACUCACCUAUCAGUGGUCAUGGGGGGGGGGGGGAAAGGAAAGGAAAGGGAAACUAUUUGUAUUAGGACACAGCAUUUAAUGCCAGUCAUAUGUCUGUGGGGAUCUUUCUCCCAUCUUUCUUAACCCUGUAUUGUGUCCCCCAUAGGCACCAGUGUUCCUGCUCUUCCUGGACUGUGUGUGGCAGCUGUGGGUCCAGUACCCGUCCCGCUUCCAGCUGACAGGGGACUUCCUGCUGGCCCUCCAAGACAGCUUCCACCUGCCUCUCUUCAGCAGUUUCCUGGCCAACUGCCACAGGGAGAGGUGCAAACGCUCACAGGUAGGCUACUGUUCAGCAACACCACCGCUAAUGCUAAUGCUGUAGUACUAGAUAAGAUACACUGUAGGUAUGCUACUGUAGGCUAACUUGAAAAAUCUAGGAAAAACCUGUAUCAAAGUUAGUCUUAAAUUCUGUAAGCCAUUUUAGAUGAAAGUAGUUGAUUUGCAAGGCGAGUCCAUGUCAUUUUUAAUCUCACUCAUGCAUCAGCUCAUAUUGUCUUCAACGAUAACUAUUGAAUGAGCUCAGAUUGAAUCAGACGAAUCACUGUUCUCUCACCUCUUCUUCCUCCAUCCCUUUCUCUCUGUCACAGAACCUAUCCCAGAGUUACACCCCAGUGAAUGGCUGGAGAGACGUGCUACCCAGGGGCUCUUUCCCGGACCCAUCAGACCCCCCUCUGCCCCCUGUGUGGGACUGGGCUCUGCAGUACAGCAGCCAGAGACGGGAACGUUUCACCCAGCCAGUGCCUCCGCCCGCCCUGCCACAGCCCCUACUCAACGGCAACCUCAACACCAACCCCGACGCACACAGGGUAGGAGUGAGAGGAUGUUAUUAUGGGGGAUGCAGUCAGGCGCUAGGAGUGUGAAAGGCACUAUAUAAAGGCAAAUCGUGCAUUUGAUCAUUCAUGUUAGGGUGUUUAGUAACUCAAUUGCUAUCUCAAUGAGCUCCUGUCUUACAAAAGCCACCCUGCUCUCUCUCUCUCACACACACACCCCUACUAAAUAUCAACGCCCAUGAUGAGGGAAGAGCACAGGCCCACUGCACCCCCGUGUGGUAGGUCUCAGUAUUGCAACGUGCUUAAGGUACAUAAGGAAUAUUCAAACGUGUUAUUCUCUCCAUUUCCCACCACCUCCAUCUAUCUCUUCCUCCCUCUUUCUCUCUUCUCUCCAUCCCUCUCUCAGCUGAGUGACAGCACACCAGGCUCUGUGUUCCUGCUCUCCAGGGGCUCCUUCUCCUGCUCUGCUAACCUCCUGCCCUGGCGCAGCGGAGGGGGCUCAGGCGUCUACCGGAAGAGCCACCGGAGAGGGGGAUCCUCCUCAGAGAACCUGCCGGGCCUGGAGAGGCUUCUGAAGGCCUGGGCUCUCACAGAGCUCCCCCAGGGCCACACCACCACCACAGCCGGUCUCCAGGGGCCCCUGGAUCCCUACGAGCCUCUGCUGCCCCUGCUCCUGGGGCCCUGCGUAGGUGUGUGGAGGGACUGCUACCUCCGCGGGGCUCUUCAUGCUCAGGUACAUAGGGAAGGAGGUUAAUUCUCACUACUGCACAGAGCCUAAAACACUGUUGCCAUGGUAAUGUUUAUAAUAGCCUUUCGUACUGGUGUGUGGGUGGGUAAGCAAAAUGAACUUUGAACACAGUAAAUGAAAAAGGAUUUCAACUAGAAGUAUUGCAUAAAAAAUGUAGUAAGAAGUUGAAAUUCAUAUUUUUAUUCAACUGAAUAUUUGAGGCAACGUUGUACUGGACAAGCUUCACAUUUUUGCUGGUCACAUCAAAAACGACAAUUAGUUAGUUCCUCAUGAUAACAGAAACCCUGGCCAUGUUGUGUCCUCAGGCUUUCUCCCACCCCAUCUCCUCGUCCACCCAGCACCCAGUGGAACAGCUAGCCUGGGAGGUCCAGCAGAUCAGAGACCAGAUAGAGUUGGCCUCCAGACCCACUAACACAGCCCCAGCCAAGAGACAGGAGCCCCGUCGGACAGACUCCAACCUCAACCAGAACACCAACAAUAGCACCUUCCUCUUCCCAGCCUCCAGACCCCCUGGGACCGGUUGUCUCCAGAACCAUGCCCCCUACCUCCAACCUCCAACCCAGGGUUCCUCCACCUUCCUCUGCCCCUCUUUCUAGACCUGGCCACAGAGACAGCAGCAAGCACACAUUCCUAUUUGGCCACCCAUCCUCUUCAGAGGCCCGUCCAGACCAGCGUUACUUCCCCGCGCCCAAUAAUAAUGCCAAGCUGCCCAAGAGCAACGGAUCUUCACUGAGCUCCUGAGCUCUGGGUGUCCCCUGUCAGUUAGCACAAAUGGUAGAAACUGUACAAACUGUUCCCCCUGGCUUUGAACUCUAGAAUGAGAUCACCUAUACACACCCUUCCAAUACUCUAUUUCCUUCUCUGACACCUGAUCUCUGGGUGGAACCAGAUGUGAUUUCCUGUCAAGGCCUGUUUGAGUGACUUUGAGGCCAUAACAAGACGAGGAGAGUCAUGUACUGAGCAGGGAGGAAAGACUAAACUGCAGUAAUUGAGCAGUGCAAAGCACAAAUAGUAUUGGAAAUGUUUCUGAAAGAUUGUUUAACUUACAACUAAUUGUCUGUUUUACUGAAUAUGACACCCAAACUGAUGGUUCUGAUCAGCAUUCCCUAAGAACGUAUUGGUGUUUCUAAAAGCAGCAAGCUAAUACCCAAAAUGAAUAAGGGCUGAUGAUCAUUGAUAAGCUAAUGACAUGAGAGCACAAAUAAUGAGCUGUUGGCUGAAAUAUGGAAUCAAAUACUUCUAUUGAAGACUUCAGCUGUUUUUAGAAUCAUGAUUCAACUGAGUGACAACCUUCAUUCUUGACCAGACGGCUAUAAUACGACUGUUGUCCUGACUCUGUCUCUUAGUCCUUUUGAGUGACAAUAACCCCCACUUCCAAAACCAAUUCAGCCUUGAGUGAAAAAAUACAGAGAUCUGUUCACCAAGUAAACGCUAGGGAGAGACAUUGACGUCACAAAAAACAUGCAGUUUUAACUCCAGGCGUUGUGUCCAGUAAAUUUGAUCUGGAAUUUAGGGCACUGGAGCUAUUUUGGUACUGUUCCCAUAUCUUUAUACUUGCAUGGAUGCUAGUAGUGAACCAUGAGAGGCAUAAUCUGUUGAAUGACUCUGUAUCGUAACCCUGUUUUUCAGAAUAUGGCCAUGGUCAGUUAAUGUUGCUCUAAGUGUGAUUGAGGUAAAAGUGCUAUUAUGUCUAUGGUCUGUGCAUCUCUAUUGAGAGUUGUAAGUAUUAUUGACCAACUUUGGUUGCGUAUGAAUUUCAGAAAGUUGAAUUAUACAUUUUUAAGUGGUCGUGACCAAGAGUAUUACUAUUUUUUUCACCCUUAUGGUGUCAUUGUGCAAACCAUAAGUUCUAAUGGUUCAUAUUUAUAAUUUACUUUUAUUUGGUACUGCUAGAUGUAUGUUUUUUUAAGGUAAGCUGCUUUUUUUUUUCAAUAGUGUAUUUUUUUCAUUAGUUGUCCUGACUGCUAGUUUUGUAUGCAGCUAGCAUUCAGGUCAAGGACUUCUAAAUGCGUCAUUUAGAAGAAAUGUAAAUUUCAUUCAAAGCACAGUGAGGUAUUGGGACUGGGCCACUCAGUCCAGCCAGAUCGUUGUUGUUUGCAUGAUGUGGAUAUUAAGCAGCAAAUGCACUGGCAUGAUUUCCAUAUACUGUAACACUCUUCAGACAACAGGGAUGUAUUGUAUGUUUAUACAAAAUGAGCAUUUCCAUGCAGAGAAGUACUUACAUUGUAUGGCAGCCGGAAACCCUUUUAUCCUAUGUAUUUCUCACUGAAAUGUGUUUCAGUGAAAUAUCUCAUGGUUAUUAUGAAAAUAUAAAGGCUGAAGGUGGUAAUGUAUAUGACUUACAUUGGUCUAUAUCACGCUUGUAUUACCUACAGUCAUUCCUAUGCCUCAGUACGAGAGCACUUUGAAUUAUUCAAUGGCUGUAAAUAUUCAUUGUUGAAUAUCACAGCACACUGUUUGAUAUCAGUUACUGAAUAUCAGGUUGUUUGAGUUUUUGGAUUUGAUGCCAGUACUUUUGCUCCCAUCUUCCAUGGAAAAAAAAGGUCAUCACAUUCCCUAAUUGCAUUGGCUAUACAAAGAGAAAAUUAAAGUCCCUUUCAGCAUGCAACCCCACUUCCUAUAUCUAUACACUAGUAUAUAUUUAAAUGUUUUGGUACGAAUGACAAUGAUUUGCCAGAUGUACAUAUUUUUUCUAUCAGCAUGUUAGGAUCCUGAUUUAAUAAACUGUAUUAUAAGUUCAUAAAA